CACGUCUUCCUCUGAUCGUGAAUUCUUCGUUAUCAUUGUUCAAUCAGAGAGCUUUUUCUUUCUUUGCUCGGAUUGGAUUGGGUCUUGUCAAUAUGACACAAGGCUGAAUGUCGAGGCUGGGAAUGCCCCGAACUUAAUUAGGCACGCGCCUACUUCGGCGUCGAGCAUCAACAAUCUCAUCAACGCCACUACAGCAUGGACGACGACGACGAUUUCGGCGCCGAUGCCGACUUCUUAGCAGCCCUUGCUGCUUCUGAAGCUUCAGCUCCACGUCCAGCACCCGCCCCUCCACGCGUUCAACAGCCUACUCCACAGCGAAUUCAGCAACCCACACCUCAACGACUCGACCGCGCCCCUCCAGCUACAACCUCCUCUGGGCCUAAAGUCGUGCAGCCCACUCCCCAAGCAAUAGCCUCCAAGUCAACCAGCUCCUCCAUCCUCGUCUCCCCGCGGCAGAAGGGAAACCCAAUCCUCACAAACCUCCGUUCAUUCGCAUGGGAAUACUCCGACAUCCCAGCAGACUACGUCCUAGGACUCACAACAUGCGCCCUCUUCCUCUCCCUCAAAUACCAUCGUUUACACCCCGAAUAUAUCUAUAAUCGAAUCAAAGGCCUGCAAGGCAAAUAUAACCUCCGAAUAUUGCUCACCAUGGUCGAUAUCGGGAAUCACGAAGACAGUUUGAAAGAGCUGUCGAAGACGAGCUUGGUUAACAAUGUUACGGUUGUACUUUGUUGGAGUGCAGCUGAGGCGGCGAGAUAUCUAGAGUUGUAUAAGAGUUAUGAACAUGCGAAUGCUGGGGCGAUUAGAGGGACAGAGAGUCGGGGGUAUGCGGAGAAGAUGGUCGAGUUUGUGACGGUGCCGAGGAGUAUUAAUAAGACGGAUGCGGUUUCUUUGGUUAGCGCUUUUGGCAGUGUCAAAGCUGCCAUCAAUGCUAGGCCGGAGGAGAUUGCUAUAGUUGGUGGUUGGGGCGAGAAGAAGGUUAGGAGGUGGUGUGCAGUUGUUGAUGAACCGUUCAGGGCCAGAAAGGCUGCUAAGAAGGGCCUGGCUAGGAGGGAGACGACUGAGGAAGACAGCGAAGGUGUCCUGGAUCGCGCUUUGCCACUGGGCAGGGUCCCAGCAAGAGAAAUGCCUGCGAUACAGGAGAAAGAACAGUUAAAUGGUGCAGAAAGACCCAGAGAGCCACAAGAACCCGGAAAGCCGACAGAGCCAGUGGAUCAAUUUCACUUGUGGGACCCCGAUGACGAUGAUCAAGAGAUUUUGAUAGCCGUAGCCGCGGAAGAGGAGCAGAGAUUAGCAAUGGAGAAGAGGAAAGAAAUGGCAAGGAAAGACGAUGAACUCAGUGGAGGAGUUGCAGCUGCUUUAGCCAAGUUACGAGAUAAAACAUGAUAUUUCAAGCAAGGAAGGACCAUUUCAAACUCUAACAUUGCUGUGGGCCUCCUCUCUCAUGAUGCCAUCCUCCUUCUCCGAUUGCACCGGUUUACUCAUAUUAAUGGGAAUCUCGAGCUGAAUAGAAAAUACCUCUUCUUUCGAAGUGGACUCCCAAGACAUAAUACACGCCCCUUCUGGGCGGAUUUAUUUCUG